CUGGACUGAGCGGCAACUGUAGCGACAGCAACCAGAGGCGCCGCCGCCGCCACCACCUGCACCUGGCUCCCGGCCCAAGUCCAGCGCCCGCCCGGCGGCUGCUUCCCGCCGUCCUGCCGUGCCCACCCGCCAGGUAUUACCCUUUAAUGAAAUCUUGCGAGCAAAUCUAUGAUAAAAAAUAUAAGUUACAGAAGAAACUAUAACUGUUACUUGUCAAGUGGCAAGCUUUUAAUGUCAGAAUGGCUCACGUAAAACGACUAGUAAAAUUCCAUCUUAAAAGACAUUAUCAUAAAAAAUUCUGGAAGCUUGGUGCAGUAAUUGUUUUCUUUAUAAUAUUUUUGAUUUUAAUGCAAAGAGAAGUAAGUGUUCAAUAUUCCAAAGAGGAAUCAAGGAUGGAAAGAAAUAUAAACAAAAACAAGGUGUUUGAUUUAAUGUUAGAAGCUGUAAACAAUAUUAAAGAUGCAAUGCCAAAAAUGCAAAUAGGAGCACCUGUCAGGCAGAACAUGGAUGCUGGUGAGAGACCCUGUUUGCAAGGAUAUUACACAGCAGCAGAAUUGAAACCGGUUCUUGACCGCCCACCUCAGGAUUCCAAUGCACCUGGUGCUUCUGGUAAAGCGUUCAAGACAACCAAUUUAAGUGUUGAAGAACAGAAGGAAAAAGAACGUGGAGAAGCAAAACACUGUUUUAAUGCUUUUGCAAGUGACAGGAUUUCUUUACACCGAGAUCUUGGACCAGACACUCGACCUCCUGAAUGUAUUGAACAAAAAUUUAAGCGCUGUCCUCCCCUGCCUACCACCAGUGUCAUAAUAGUUUUUCAUAAUGAAGCCUGGUCCACGCUGCUUAGAACUGUCCACAGUGUGCUUUAUUCUUCCCCUGCCAUACUGCUGAAGGAAAUCAUUUUGGUGGAUGAUGCUAGUGUAGAUGAAUACUUACAUGAUAAACUAGAAGAAUAUAUAAAACAAUUUUCAAUAGUAAAAAUAGUCAGACAAAGAGAGAGAAAAGGUCUGAUCACUGCAAGGUUGCUAGGAGCAACAGUUGCAACAGCUGAAACGCUCACAUUUUUAGAUGCUCACUGUGAGUGUUUCUAUGGCUGGUUAGAACCUUUGUUGGCCAGAAUCGCUGAGAACUACACGGCCGUGGUGAGUCCGGAUAUUGCAUCCAUAGAUCUAAACACGUUUGAGUUCAACAAACCUUCUCCUUAUGGAAGUAAUCACAACCGUGGAAACUUUGACUGGAGUCUUUCAUUUGGCUGGGAAUCACUUCCUGAUCAUGAGAAGCAAAGAAGGAAAGAUGAAACCUACCCAAUUAAAACACCCACUUUUGCAGGAGGCCUUUUUUCCAUAUCAAAAGAAUAUUUUGAAUAUAUUGGAACUUACGAUGAAGAAAUGGAAAUCUGGGGAGGUGAAAAUAUAGAAAUGUCUUUCAGAGUAUGGCAAUGUGGUGGGCAGUUGGAGAUUAUGCCUUGCUCUGUUGUUGGACAUGUUUUUCGCAGCAAAAGCCCUCAUACCUUUCCAAAAGGCACUCAGGUGAUUGCUCGCAACCAAGUUCGCCUUGCAGAAGUCUGGAUGGAUGAAUACAAGGAAAUAUUUUAUAGGAGAAACACAGAUGCAGCAAAAAUUGUUAAACAAAAAUCAUUUGGUGAUCUUUCAAAGAGAUUUGAAAUAAAGCACCGCCUUCAAUGUAAAAAUUUUACAUGGUACCUGAACACUAUUUAUCCAGAAGCAUAUGUGCCAGACCUUAAUCCUGUUAUAUCUGGAUAUAUUAAAAGCGUUGGUCAGCCUCUGUGUCUGGAUGUUGGAGAAAAUAAUCAAGGAGGCAAACCAUUAAUUUUGUACACGUGUCAUGGACUCGGGGGAAACCAGUAUUUUGAAUACUCAGCUCAACAUGAAAUUCGGCAUAACAUCCAGAGGGAAUUAUGUCUUCAUGCUGCUCAAGGUCUUGUUCAGCUGAAAGCGUGUGCCUACAAAGGUCACAGGACAGUGGCCAGCGGAGAACAGAUAUGGGAGAUCCAGAAGGAUCAACUUCUUCUAUAUAAUCCAUUCUUAAAAAUGUGCCUUUCAGCAAAUGGAGAGCAUCCGAGCUUGGUGUCAUGCAAUCCAUCAGAUCCACUCCAAAAAUGGAUUUUUAGCCAAAAUGAUUAAGUGUUCCUUAAAAUUAAGGAGUUGAAAAA